CCAAGACAAGGGGCUGGCCAAAACUCUGACAUACUAUAGCCGUGGGGACAGUUUUGGCGAGUCCGCAUCUUAAAUGGAUGUAAACACCAGUCGACGGUUGUGUCACAGGUUGCCGUACAGCUUCUUGUCCUCACCAGCCAGGACUUCUUGGAAGUAAUCAUGUCUGGCGGACUGAAAAACCCAGCAGAUCCUUUCUUGAACUCCUUGUCUUAUCUGGAUGGGUGGCCAAAGGAGAAGCUGACUGAGAACCCAAAGAGAGCUCUGUACAUCUACUUCAGGCGGGGUACUAUCGUGGUUCCAGAAAGUCGUGACAACGAGUGGAUAGUCAUUGUUAAAUCGGGCAGCUGUAGUCUGCUUUCCAAGCUGUCUACACUGCUUACACUCAGAAAUACCAAAGCCAGCCAGUCGCUACAUCUCUACGAGAGAAUGUGAGGCACGCGAUGGAAGAAGAAAAGGCCAAAGGUGUCUCACACGAGGCUUUCCUCGACUUCAUCCAGAAGAGACGUGAGGUGCACACUGACCACCUGGAUCACCUGUUCAAAAGGUACAAAGCUCUACCGCCCAUCAACACGAAGAUCAGCGAGAGAGACAGCGAAAGAGUUCGUAAAGAAGAACAGGUAGACAUCAGUGAAUUACUGGGUGUACAUUGUUAGUUUAUUCCUUCCUACUCCUCGAGGAGCAAAGGGCCGCAACAGCACCUCUCGAAAGAUGACCAGCUUGAAAUACACUGCUCAUUAAUGUUAGCUUAUUAACACCACGC